UUUAUAUUAUUAAAUAAUAUAAUAACUAAAUACGAUAUUAAUAACGAGGAUCUAUAUAAUUUUAAUAAGAUUAGUUUUAUAAUAAGUAUUAUUAUUAAGUUAAUAGUCGUUACGUAUAUUAAUAGAUAUAAAAAAGCGAAAUCUAUUUAG